GGCGCGGGAAAUCUAGGAAGCGUUGGGUCAGAGUGAUCUCUCUAUGCAUGGUACGGAUGAAACGCGAGAAACGGGGGCUCGACAUGCUGAAAGGUAACGGAUGCGUACAGGUGUUAUCUGGCAGCGUCGGAAAACAAACCCCGCCGUACGCAACGCUGAUGUCGAGGCUGUCAAAGCCAAGCGUCAGCGUCGAGCCAGCACGAGUUCAACGCCCGUUCAUAAUGCCUCGCUCGACAACUUCAACGCCCAGGCUUCGACGGUGCCGACACCCACUUCCAGCGCGAAGUCCUCGACCGGAGCUUCAUGCACGGCUGCAACGUGUGACUAAUCUGUCUGACGUCGGUAACGCGGUGCGCACCUCCUGCGCUGCUUCGCAUCGCCUCAUGGUGUAGCAGUUAGUUUUCAGUGUUCUACUCUUUCAGCAGUACAUUCAACUGUAUAGACCACGUGAUGUAAACAUCCGGCCGCCUAAUCAAUGGCGAGCAAGCUCUCAACCGUAGCCUGUUCGCGACUCGAAGAAUGUGACUCAGAAAAAUUAGUUGCCUUCCCUGUUCGCAGGUAUCGUCAAAAGAGUGCCAAUGGUAGUAUACAGGUGUUCUGUCGAGUGCCGCCGCAUCAACACGAGAAAGCAGAGUGUCCGACGAAGGCGGCGCUAGCAUCGCCAUGAUGUCUGCAGACACCUGCUCCUAGCGGGCUGUGUUGGCGACGGUCAAAAUGGACGAAUCUCUGUACAGCAGCACAUGCCCAAAAUCAACGCAAGAACAGGCAGAGUCUUUGCGGCCAGUCGAGGCGGGGUGUAGAAUGUCGCUGUUGGAACACCAAGAAUCUCCAAUCUAGAUUUGUGCAAGUCCUCGGAAGCAUCAGUAGUUCCAAUCAGGAUUCACCGGUGUACCGAUACCUCCGAUCUUUUUAAAGAUCUGCAGGACAUCGCCGAUGCUAAAGAAAAGCGUAAGGUACCAUUUGCGCAAGGCUUACUAUGGCCUCGCAACAAGGGCUCCGGAACAACUGCAUCACAUAGUGGUCAAGUAUGUAAGAUUCAGCAGUGUGCAUCGAGCAGUGGCAACGAGUCGCCAGGCGCUGCAACGAUCCUUCACCAGACGCCUUGUCGCAGCAGGCGAGCGAGCCGGACGGCUCCCAAGCGAUCCUGCAAUACUUGCAUGGCCAAUGGUUCGAAGAAGCUCCCCAAGAAUAUGGAUUCCCUUGACAUGAAACGGCAGAAGAAGAGGGAGCGAAUGCGCAUGCUGCGGGCCAACAUGUCGCCCGGCGCCAAGGCUAGGGAAGCUGAACGGAAGCGAAGAGAACGAGCGGCCGCAUCACCGCACACAAAGGCCAAGGAUGCGGAAAGAAAGAGGCGGCAGCGAUUGUUAGCCUCAGUGGACGCAAGGGCCAGGGAAGCGGAAAGAAAGAGGCGGCAGCGAGCGGCCGCAUCACUGGGUGCCAAGGCCAGGGAGGGGGAGCCAGAACAGCGGCAGCGAGCGGCCGCAUCACUGGGCGCCAAGGCCGGAGAAGGGGAGCCAGAACGGUGGCAGCGAGCGGCCGCAUCACUGGGUGCCAAGGCCGGGGAAGGGGAGCCAGAACAGCGGCAGCGAGCGACCGCAUCACUUGGUGCCAAGGCCGGGGAAGUGGAGCCUAGACAGCGGCAGCGAGCAGCCGCAUCACUGGGUGCUAAGGUCAGGGAAGUGGAGCCUAGACAGCGGCAGCGAGCAACCGCAUCACUGGGUGCUAAGGACAGGGAAAGGGAGCGUGCCAAGGCCAGGGCAGUGGAGCCUAGACAGCGGCAGCGAGCAACCGCAUCACUGGGUGCUAAGGUCAGGGAAGUGGAGCCUAGACAGCGGCAGCGAGCAACCGCAUCACUGGGUGCUAAGGACAGGGAAAGGGAGCGUGCCAAGGCCAGGGCAGUGGAGCCUAGACAGGCAGCGAGCAACCGCAUCACUGGUGCUAAGGACAGGGAAAGGGAGCCUAGACAGCGGCAGCGAGCAGCCGCAUCACUGGGUGCUAAGGUCAGGGAAGUGGAGCCUAGACAGCGGCAGCGAGCAACCGCAUCACUGGGUGCUAAGGACAGGGAAAGGGAGCGUGCCAAGGCCAGGGCAGUGGAGCCUAGACAGGCAGCGAGCAACCGCAUCACUGGGUGCUAAGGACAGGGAAAGGGAGCCUAGACAGCGGCAGCGAGCAACCGCAUCACUGGGUGCUAAGGCCAGGAAAGGGGAGCGUGCCAAGGCCAGGGCAGUGGAGCCUAGACAGCGGCAGCGAGCAACCGCAUCACUGGGUGCUAAGGACAGGGAAAGGGAGCGUGCCAAGGCCAGGGAAGGGGAGCCUAGACGGCAGCAGCGAGCGGCCGCGUCACCGAGUGCCAAGGCUGGGGAAGUGCAGAAUCCAGUCCCUGCGGAAUUGGUGAGGGCCAAACGGAAAGUGGUGCAACGAUGUCCCAGAGGUGACCGCGCACUGCUGGUAGAAACUGCCACCAUCCUUGGCAAAGAGGGGAGCUCUCCCUCUGCGGAAGCAGGGUCAACAAUAAAUGUCUACCGCUGCAGCUACUGCUUCAAAGAGUUUCGAAAAAUACAGGAUCUCACGAGCCACGUGGGAAGGUGUCUGUGGCUGCAGCCACGCAAGUGCCCCUUGUGCUCAAACAUGUGCUCAAAUUGGAUCUCAAUGCAGGACCACAUUGCCAUGCACGUUGAGGAGCUAGGAACAAAGUGCCCUUUGUGCGAGUGCGCGGUCGUCGUUGGGAACAAAGACGUGUUGAGACACGUAAUGCAGCAUCUAACUUUUAAGCCGUUCCUGUGCGGUGUCUGCAAGUACACCUUCUUGCACGGUUAUGACAUUGCCGCACACGUGUGCAAGCUUCCCAGCCAGCGGGGACGCUGGGCGUUCCCUCGCAGGACUACACCUUAGGUUCAGCAUCAGAUGUACAGUGGUUGUUCAGCUGUGCCAAUUUCACCAUUUUGACAAUCGCAUAUUGCUGCAUCUUGCUGUACAUAAUCAAAUACCGCUUGCGCCAACUGUACCAGAGUUUACUAGUCCUCCUGUUUGCAUGGCAUUAAACCAUUUAUAAGCUAAGAAUAUUCUUGGUCUGGCAACAAAUUAAACUUGAGCUACUCUA